GAGGGGGGGGGAGGAGACGAAGAAGAAGGUUAAGAAUUUCAGAGGAGCGACUUGAAAAAAGAGGGGUCGCUUUCCGCCAGCCGCGAAGUAGGGCUUCUUCCAGCCAGUUUUUGCAGAGGCCAGAGGUUGGGAGAAAGAAAGACUUUGGGUUGAUUGGCAGUUAGCAUUUUGCAUGGGGAGAGAUCGGCUCUGUCCGACGGUUCAAAUGGGACGCGGGGGAGAAGUGAAUUUAAAGGCAUGUGAACAGGCUUAGAAAAGCUUCUUUUCUGGAUGAAGGAGAACUGCUGGAGACGAUUUCUGCCUGUUGAUCGAAGAACGCGGAGACCAAAAGAGGGAAUAUCUUCCAAUAGCCUCGAAAUAACUGCUAAUGUCUGGACCUGCUGCGAGUUGUACUCCGGAGGCGUUGCGGCGUCUAUUCGAGGGAAGAGUUUUACAGCUUUCGAGAGUAGGCAGGCGGCGGCGGGUGGUGUUGAGUUUCCGUGACGGCUACCAAACUUUUCUCACGGACCACCAGUCAUCCAUGGACCACUGGUUGGUGACCUCUGCUGUAGAGUAUUAUCUGCCCAUUCUUGAAUUGGCAGGAAAGAAAAACUGAUUGCCACUUCAGCUCUGCCCACAUCACUUUCCUCCAACAUAAUGCAAAGCAAAGCAUUGCCUACAAGAUUAAAUGGGUCCAGUAACAGGAAUGACUCCGGAUAAGAAAGCUGAAACGCCAGGAGUAGAGAAAGCUGCAGGUCUAAGGCAUAUCCAAAGAAUGGGAAGCUUGCCGGAGGCUGGUGAUGCUGCUCGACCAAAAGCCACAGCUGUGGAUAGUGAAGUUGCGGACGAUGAGCUCACCAACUUGAACUGGCUGCAUGAAAACAGUAAUCUCCUAACGAACUUUAGCCUGGGAAGUGAAGGUCUUCCAGUUGUUAGUCCUCUGUAUGAUAUUGAGGGGGAUAAUGUGCCAACCUAUCCAUCCUCCUGCUAUUCUAAUCCGAAGAAGAAAUCUGCCACAUCUAAGCCCCCAUAUUCUUUCAGCCUUCUUAUAUACAUGGCAAUUGAACAUUCUCCUAAUAAAAGCCUGCCAGUGAAAGAAAUUUACAGCUGGAUUCUGGAACGCUUCCCAUACUUUGCUACGGCUCCCACUGGCUGGAAGAACUCCGUCCGGCAUAAUCUUUCUCUGAAUAAGUGUUUCCGAAAGGUGGAGAGAAGCCAUGGCAAGGUGAACGGAAAAGGUUCAUUGUGGUGUGUGGAUCCAGAAUAUAAACCAAACCUUGUACAGGCUCUGAAGAAGCAGCCAUUCCCCUCUGCGUUUGCAUUUUAUACCCCACCAGCAUCACCACUAAGUGGUUCAUCAUCUCCUUGCUAUUUAACCUCAGUUCGGAAACAGUGUCAGGGACGAUCUAUCAAAGAUUCAGAUAUCGAUGCUGCUACUGCCAUGAUGCUCUUGAAUACUUCCAUUGAACAAGACAUUUUAGAUUGUGAAAAGCCACCAUCCCUCAAGCUAUCCAAGAAAAGGAAAUAUGGUAGCACAUUCCAUAACCACACCCAGGAAGAGAGUGAUCCAGCAGUCCCUAACAUUGACCCCAAGGAGGAUCACAAUUACAGUGCCAGCAGUGUGGCUGCACAGCGUUGCGCAUCGCUCUCUAGCAUGUCUUCCCUGUCCUCUGUCGAUGAUGUAUACAAAUUUGUCUCAGAGGCCACCCGGACAGGGAGUGAUGGCAGUGAAGGGUUUCAGAGUGAAGUGGACACAGAUGACAACGAAGAUGAUGAUGAUUCGCUGGCAGACAGUGGUUAUACCUCACAGCCAUGUGUCAGUAUCACAGAUGAGGCCCAGCCUCAUCAGAAGGUCCUGGAGGAACUCUGCCAAGAAAUUGAUGAUGAACUCAAAGAGGCGGCUGGGUCACUUCUUCAUCUUGCUGGGAUCAGCACUUGUCUCGGCUCAUUAAUAAGUACUGCAAAGAGCCACGCCCAGAAGAGAAGGAAAAAAAAUGACAACACAGUGUGAAUAUAAUUGAUCUAUCUAUAUCUAAAUACAUGUUUUAUUUUUUAGGCUGGCAAUAUUCCUCCUUUUACCCUUUGCAAGGGAGAUCAAAGCCAUAAAAGGACUUUUUGUUUGUUCUUAAUUUUUGCAGAUUAUAAUUUUGCCAUUUAUACAAUUUUAUUUUUAUUUUUAAUUAUAAGAGCAAUUAAUUUGUGCGUUGAAGGGCCAAUGGAAAUUGUGUGAAACGGAUGAGGAAGUCUCAAUAAUUGUAAUGAAAUGGAAUAUUCAUUGUUAUCAUUGGAAUGAUUGAUUCACAUGGAUAUCAUUGGCUGGGUCAUUGUGUGCUAAAGGUGUGACAUGUAGGGUCUAAUAGAUAAUUGGAGGAAUGAAUUGUCCUUUACACAAGGGAUUCUUUAAAAACGUGUAUAUUGUGGAGAAGACAAUUGCUUGCCAUUUCCCAAUAUGCCUCUUCAGUUUCUAGGCCUAUCAGAUUUUUGUAUGUUGUACUUUAGAAUAAGAGGCUAGAUGCAAAGAGUUUGAUCAUGUUAAGGAAAAAUCUCUGUCGUUCUAGUUGUGAGGAUUAGAUACUGAAUGAAUGAAGUAUAUUUCAUUUAUGCAAAAUAGGCGUAAAUUAUAGGAUUCUUAGCCCUCAGAAUGGUCGAUAAAAAUUAAGCAAACAACACAUAUAUAUGUCUAAUUCCCAGUUGGUGCUCAGUAUGCAUGAAUCUGGUAGUCCUAAAGGUGUAGAGGCCUAUCUGAAAUUGGGCAACUAAGCAGGUAAUGUCCCCAUUUUUCACUGCUUAUGGAGUCUACAGUGUCUUCAUUUUUUAAACGAUAUAGAAUGCAGAGCAAGACACAUAAAGACAUGUGUUUAUAGCCUUCAGCUUUAGCUUCCAUUGUUAACUGAUUUCCUCAACUUAAAGCCAAGGUUCUGUGAUUACAUGAAUGGUAUAAAACUGCCAUGAUAAUCAGUUGCAGGUUGACUGGUGUUUGCAAUUAUAAAAUUGAUGGGUAGGGGAGAGAUACAACAUGUGAAUCUUCCUAUUUUUGAGAGUGGGAUCUUGAAUGGGUAAUUAGAAUUUUCUUCCUAUUUUUAACACAAGGUAAGGGGCUGGUUCUUUCUCUUGUGUUUGUGUUAAUUGUAAUUAAUAUAUAUUGGAUCAAUGAUGUCUACAUCUGUUUGCAAAUCCGAGGCUCUUCUUUCUGUCUUGAUAUCUAAAUUAUGUGCAAAAGAGUAACUGCUCAAUUGCAAAUGACCAUUGCACAGAGAUCUUUAAUUUUCUUUAGGUUAAGGUAGUUGAUACUUGACUAGUUCUUCAUAAGCUAAGAGUUGUUUUGGGGGCUCUAGCACAUCACCUCGCAGACCAUAAUGGAAUGAUAUUCCAUAUGCAACAGAAAUAAGUGCUUUGAAAAGUCACUGUUGGCUGAACAAUUCUAGACUAAACUUCUCCCUGAUUCUUUAUGAGUAAAGCUUUUAAAAAUUAUAAUGGGAUGAUCAUGAGAGAUUCUUCUUCUUUUUUGCAGCAGUAUAGUUCAGCUGUGUAUCACCUGUGUGAGAACAAGGGCUUUCAGUGUCAGCUUUCUAACAGACUACUUCCUAGCCUACCCUGCAGCUUUCAGUUUUGCUUUGAUUUAACCCAGCAUUCCUGGAAACAACAGAGGAAGCUUAGAGAUAGAUACUGUCCACUUCUGGCAGCCUCCAUUUUUCUUGGAGAUGGGAUGGAUUUUGUUUAUGUUUUAUAUCUUAUUAUUUCAGCAAUAAUAUAAUCUCCCUUGUUGAACUCUUAGAUAAGUCCAGAUAUAGCGUGACAGUUGCACAGAACAUAAUAUAUACAAUGCGUGGGCCAUGUAAUAUGAGAAUUACCUUGUGCACUGUACUGGGGAAUUCAAAAUCUGGAAAUGUAUCCAGAUGUGGACUUCUAAAAUUGUGGAUUUCUGUCUCUCCUAGGCAUUUAUUCAGAAACAGUUCUGCAUCUUCUCAAUUCUGGGGGCCAUAAGAGAAGACAUUUGCCUGUGGGAUAGUUAGUCUGAAGUACAGGGCCAAACUAUCCAGAUAUCUUUUUGUUGUUACCGUCAGCCAUAUUGAUGAGUUUGGAGUCAUGUGGCAAGCGUCUCUGGUUGGAACAAACAGCACUGGAAACAAUGAGCUUAACUCAGAAAAAUAGGAAUCUCCAAGCCGGCACAGCCAUCUUUGGCUGCAGUCUAUUAAUGCAAUUACAUUACUUUUCAGUGGUCACUUGUGGAAGAAUUGUUUGCAUGCUACAGGCUGGGGCUGUUGUGUCCUGUGCAUGUUGCAUAAUGAUCAAAGUAUAACUUGUUUGGAAAGCAGCUUGACAAAUGGCAUUUCAUCUGCACAUUUUCCAUGCUUUUGAGAAUGAAGGGAAGAGAGUCCACUAGUGGCCCUUUAAGCAAAUCUGCCUAUUACCUCUCUGCAUUUUGCAUUCUUGUGAGUUGUACAUUACAUUUCUACUGAUGACAUAGAGCUGCUUUGACAAAAGUGUCAAAGAUGUAAAUGUCUGGGACUUAACUUCACUGCCUUUUCUUGCAUACUGUCUCUUUAUAUCUGCUAAAAACUCUGUCACUGUAAUUUUUGUUAAAUGUUCUGUAGGAGUUCAAUGCCUUAGCCAGGUUCCAGUGAUCCUAACUGGACUGAUUAUAACAGCUCCAGAACUAAAAGGAGCGAUCCCCCCUUGAGGUUUAUUGUAGGCUUGUGUAGGGUUUUAGAUUUAAAGGCAAAAUGGUCCUUUGGAGCUUAAGGGGAGAAUCACAUAGCACCUAUCUACAAUCCCUUAAGUCACAUUUAUCAUUUCCUGAGAUUUCCCAGCCACAAAUACCAGGCAGGUAUUUUGAGCUAGCAAAAAAAGCAGAGAGAUGUAGUGUUCACACCCCUUGUGCUCCAAUAUGCUCUUUUGCCUUAGAAUGCAAAGCACCGCACAGCCCUACUUUGUUGAAUGCUGCUACUGUUACAGCUUCCCUUAAUUUGGCAACAUCCCGCUGUAGUGUAACUGUAAGUCACAGAAUUCCCAGGCACCAUGAACAAUGGAAAUUUUGAGAUUUGCAGUCCCAGCACACCCAGGACAGUGCUAUUAGAAUAAUAUCAGCAGAGAUUCUCCUGGUGUAGGCCUUAAGUUUGUGAAAAUUAUGUAGUUUUUAGUAUUUCAGAAUUUUUUUUUUGUUAAAACGAUAGCAACCUAUAAGUGAGUCAACCUUGUAAAUCACAUUGUUAUUUUAUAGACAGAAACAAAAAUCUAAUGCAUGGAUGUUUGCACGCUCACCUGUUUGUAGACAACUUUCUUUGAUGUCAAGUUUAAACACAAAUGGUGCUCAUUCUGUAUAUUGCCUGCUUCAGCUCUUCAAUCCAGAAAUUCUCAUGGAUUGGUGAAAAACUGCCUGCUUGCCAGAAUCACUUUUGAAAUACCUGCUGAUUAGGUUUUGCUAAGGAAGGAGUAAUGUAGGGGUCUACUUCCAAGUCUGAUAGAUUUUGUACAACAAUCUCUUUUUUAAAAAUGUCAUUAAUCAAUAUUGCGAGUUCCACACAGCAUGGUGAUUGAGAAUUGAUUGGAAAAAGACCGAUGGAUUAAAAGUUCCUUUCAGUAUAUUGUUUUUAUUUGCUGUCAAAUAAUAUUUGCCCCUCUUUGAAUAGGGUCUUCCAUUUGUAUGACUACUACAAAAAAUAACUCACAGUGUUACUAGGUUUUACAUUUGUAAAAUAGAGCAUGUGGAAGCCUAGAAUGCCCUGCAAACAUGCCAGUCAGGGUUAUUUAAGGCUCUUUGUAUGCUUGAGAAGUAUGGUAUUUUCUUCCAAAAGAUACCUACGUUAAUUAAAAGAAGCAGUCAAUAAAUAGAAAAUAAAAUACUGUAUAAUUGUGCAGUAAUCAGGUUGUUACUGGGUAGAAUUGAGUCACAAAAAUCUCACCUUAGAAAUCACAGGAGUUGAAGACUUUUACAUCAAUUCAUAGUAAGCAAAAUUAUCAUCUGACCUUUUGAAUGGUUCUAAUCAUAUAUCCUUCCUAUGAAAUAGGGUUUUCUAUGUGGUAACAUGUGGAUAAGUGAAGAAUAUUGUACUAUAUACAUGAUCCAGAGAGCACCUACAGCAUGGGGAUUUAAUAUAAAGUCACCACUCACAAAUUUAUAAGCAAGCCUGUAUAUUAAGUGUCGAGGCACAUUUUAAGUCCUGUAUGUUGUGCAGAGAUGUCCCAUUUAACAUUUGUCCAAAAUGUGUGUUUAAUAACUUGCGUGAUGUGAAAUUUGUUUCCAUAGCAAUGCAGGUAAUAUGGUUAUAAAGAAAUGUGUUUCUUUGGGUCUUAUCUCUUGAAAGUUGAGAAAAGUUGACUUCAGUUCUCAAUACAUAUUGGCCAGAUUUUCAUGCUUGAGGCUACUUUCCCUAAGAGCUCCUUUGCUCAGGUUUGUCGUCUUACAUUUGACCUGUUAAAAGUCUUGUUUGCAAUCUCUUUUCUCCAGAUAAAAGUUGAUUUGUGCACAAUUGUUUUUCAGUGUCCUCCCAUUGCGAAAAAGUCUAGUGUCACCUCUAUGAUAGAAAAAUGCAUAGUGAUCAUUAAUAUUGGUAGCACUUUCCCUAUUGGUCUUCAAGUCCAAAGGCAGAGCAAUAAAAGCAUUUGGUGAGAACAGAUGCUUCAGAAAGUCCAGAUUUAAAGAGCUACGAUUGUAGAUGCAGGCAAUCUUAGUUACCUUACAUAACAUGACUUUGGGAAGUCCUCUGAUUGUACAAUUUCUGCCUAUAAAUGGGAAGUAAUAUAUAUGCAGGUAGCAAAUAGCAUAUCGGAGAGAGGUUUAGAUUUUUCCUCCUUAUAUGCUUGUUUACUAUAUGCAUGGUGCUUUUUGAGAUGCAAAAAUAUGACAUCUUGCCCCACCUCCUCCCAUUUUGAAGAGAUUCAAAGCAGGGAUUUACACAUGUACUUUCUCUAGAAUGGGUAGAACAACGUUGUAAUGUGUUAGAUUCGAUUCAUCUCUAAAUUCAUUGUGGAAAUUCCAUGAAGAAGGGAACUGCCAUAUCCAAGUUCUUGUGGAUAUGGGGAAAAGCUGCAUUAUUAUUAUUAUUAUUUUGCCUUUACUAGCCGUAUUCACAAAAAAUAUGUGUCUUCCUAUGGCCAAAAUCCACGCUGAACUUACUGUUCUAAUUUUCAAAGAGAAAUAAGUGUUUUCAUAUCUUUGCAGAGAAGUCCUCGUUUUCUUUGCUUAAGGUUACUUAGCUCUGGUAUGUCUGAAACACAUCCAGAUGGUGCUAGAAAAUUUGAUUAGUAAAUUGGGACGCUUUUAUUGCAGUUAUGCAUCUCUCUCCAUUCUAAAAUGUGUGCGCUCUAGGGUCAGCCCAGAACAAAUGGGAAUGGCCAGGGUUCUGAACAGCAAGGUUAGAGAUCUAUUAUUGUGAAGUAACUGUGAUGUGAAUGGAGCAUGUAUCUGCACCCUCUGGAUGUUCAAUAGAGAAGGGCAAUAGAGUUAUCUACUCUUAAGUUUGGCUUCAUGAAAUAAUUCUUGCACAUAGAAAACUAGGAACCUAGAAUCCUUCCUGAUGCAUUAGCUUCUAAAAACAAGGAACCAAUGUUGGGAAUUUGGGACAGCUACAGAUAUAUUAAUGGCUUUGUACAUUUCAGAAGAAAGGGAAAUAGGAUAAUUUAGGGCCAUUGCAUGCGUCUCAGGAUGUGCUAGAUUAGCUGUGCUGGUCCUACAAACUCGUAGCAGUCUUUGUCAGCAUAGCUAUAUCUCUUGGGAGGAAACAAAAGGCUAAGGAUGGUUGCAAUGAUUUAAUAGUGUGGAACUGAUAUGUGUGACAUAUACUUGCUGCACAGAGAACAUCCCUAGGCCAGCCAGUCUGUGCCCUAUUAACAUGGAAUCAUUUGCUCUUGGUCAGGCUGCAUUGAUGCAUUCUAUAAUGUUGUCUACUACCUGUGAGGAAGUGUAUGCAGAUUGUGGCCCUUGGCCAGUGAUUGUGUACAUAAUAGUCAAGGAGAAGUAGAUAUGAUGGACAUGCUUUGUUUCAGAUGCAAAGUGUAAUCUUACCUUUAAUUUGUUUUUUUAAAAAAUGGUAAAUUCCUUUCAGAAAAUUAGUUUAGCUUCAGGGGAAAAAGAGGUGAUGGUGGAAUAUUAUCUGAUCCUCUUCAGCUCCUAAAAAUUAGCAUGGAGGGCUUUCUGCGGGAGACCCACCUGUUCUUGAGGUAGAAGCUGAUGCCAGUAUUGUGCAAAUCUUUCUCCAUUUCAUAUUCUGGAGCUAAAUUAUAGCUUCCGUGAGAAGUGCAGGCAGCCUUCCUUAGAAAAGCCCAACUUUGAAUUGGAACAGUUUGCAGCUUCUUUAUUUGGCUAAAGCAAAUACGACAGUAAAAGCAAAGCACACCCUGCAAUGCUAAUGAAGGGGUAGUCAAAAUAUUUAUUGAAAAAAAGGAAUAGAGUAUUUUUAAAAAAUCUUGUACCUGCCAUUUAUUUGAAAAAGCACAUUCUCUACAGUUUAACUGCCAGUGCCAAGAAAAGAUUUGUUUUUAGAAGUGUAUUUUUUUUUCAGACUUAAAGUGUAUAAUUUAAAAGUAUUACAUUGCCAUCUUGUAGUGAUAGAUCUUUUACAAUUGCCAAUUCACUGUAACUAUUAUUUAUUAAAAAUGGAAAUUGUAAGAAUGCUUUCAGAUCAAAGUAAGCAAUUCUUUUUUUUUAAAAAAAAAUCUACAUUAGCUGUUUCUCCCCACUACCUGCCCCUGCAACUUCUUGGGUUGACUGAGACUAACUCUGCCAGUAGAUUAACCCCUUUCUAACCUGAAAUUCCUUGAGCCCCGUUUAGUAGUUGACCUGGUUUAAAAAUGUUUUUGUAUGCUAACCUCUAUUAAUUAAAAUGUUGAUGGAGUUUAUUUUUACCAAAGAGAUGCAAUUCAUUAUGAUAAAGUAUUUCAAAAUAAACUUUGUUUUAUAACA